AUGUCGGUCCUUGGUUCCUUGAUCUUCUGCACAGAUUGCGGUAAUCUCUUGCGAGAGUCUACCGGCAAUGCGAAUGCGAUCCUCCACUGUGAUGUUUGCGGUACCCGGAACAAAGACACGAUACCCCAGACCACCGUCUCCGAAUCCAAGGCAUCCUCAUUCCCUUCAUCAUUGAGAGCCAAGCGAUCCGCCGUCCAGACUCUUUCAGCAGAGGAUCGGAAGACCGAGGCUGUCAUUGAUAAAACAUGCCCUGAUUGUGCCCGAACAGAGAUGUUCUACACCACUGUACAGCUGCGCAGUGCUGAUGAAGGAAGUACAGUCUUCUACAGAUGUGUCUGUGGUUUCAAGUAUGCGAAUUCUGUCUUCCAUGUCCGACUGGAUGCUAAUAAUCAACAGGGAAACCUCCAACAAUUAAUGGAAGAUGGGUGUACAAAAAGUGGAAAAAAAAGGGUCUAUUUUUGAAGAAAGGCUGU